GUCCAUGGCAGAGCGCAGCGCUGCUCCAACCUUUCCACGAGCGCACACAUGAACCUGUGAUGCUCCACGAGACAGUCCCGGCCUAAAGCGAGGAUUAAAAUCACGAAGGUCCCUUAUCACUCAUAAAGUUCACCCGUGGAGGCAGACGCACCGAUGGAUUUCACCGGAGUGUCCCGCGUGCUCCUGCUGGUCCUCCUCGCAGCGCAAGAUUGUUGUUCAUCUAAAGCAGAGGACAGGCUUUUUCGGCGUCUGUUCAGGCGUUAUAACCAGUUCAUUCGACCAGUAGAGAAUGUGUCUGAUCCGGUCACAGUGGAGUUUGAGGUCUCCAUAUCUCAGUUGGUCAAAGUGGAUGAAGUUAAUCAAAUCAUGGAAACCAAUCUCUGGCUUAGACAUGUGUGGAACGACUACAAGCUGAGAUGGUCUCCUGUGGAAUAUGAAGGGAUUGAAUUCAUCCGUGUCCCGUCAAACAAGAUUUGGAGGCCAGAUAUUGUGCUGUAUAAUAAUGCUGUGGGUGAUUUCCUGGUUGAGGACAAGACCAAGGCUCUGCUCAAGUUUGACGGCACAAUCACAUGGAUCCCACCAGCCAUUUUUAAAUCCUCCUGCCCCAUGGACAUCACGUACUUCCCGUUUGAUUAUCAGAACUGCUCCAUGAAGUUUGGCUCCUGGACGUAUGACAAGGCCAAGAUUGACCUAGUUCUCAUUGGCUCAAAGGUAAACCUCAAGGACUUCUGGGAAAGUGGCGAGUGGGAGAUCAUUGACGCCCCUGGAUACAAACAUGACAUCAAGUACAACUGCUGUGAGGAGAUCUACCCCGACAUCACCUACUCCUUCUACAUACGCCGCCUGCCUCUGUUCUACACCAUCAACCUGAUCAUUCCCUGCCUCCUCAUCUCCUUCCUCACGGUCCUGGUCUUCUACCUGCCCUCGGACUGCGGAGAGAAGGUCACCCUGUGUAUUUCGGUGCUGCUCUCCCUCACUGUGUUCCUGCUGGUUAUCACUGAAACCAUCCCGUCCACGUCGUUGGUCAUCCCUCUGAUCGGAGAGUACCUUCUCUUCACCAUGAUCUUUGUAACUCUAAGUAUCGUCAUCACGGUUUUCGUCCUAAACGUCCACUACCGCACGCCUAUGACACAUACCAUGCCGGACUGGGUGAGAGCUGUGUUCCUAGGGGUGCUCCCGAAGGUCAUGCUGAUGAGGAGGCCCAUAGAUCAAGGCUGCUCCACCUCCACGAGCGUCGGCACUGGCACGGUUGGAGGAAUUGCAGGUUUGAAUCGCCUGGGCAACAAGAAGAGGAAGAACAGCAUAGGAUCGGGAAGUGGUUCGGGAAGCGUGAGCGUCGGGGGUAUUACCGGUGGGGUAGCGUGUGCGGCUCUAGACGGUGGCACCGGCGGGGGUACGUCAUCAGGUGGCGCUAUGAACUGUGUGGAGUACGGUGACAUAAACCGUGACAAAAAUCGGGACUUAAACCGCGAGCAUAAUAGAGAGUUAUCGCUGAACCGUGACGUGACCAGAAGAUACACUUACAAUCGAGGCAAGGAAGUCCCCACUCCUGUCCCUCCUCCGAUGGUCCCCCCACCUCCGCCUCCUCCUCCUCCUCCCCCACCACCUCCACCCCCACCCCCUCCUCUCCCCUCAUCUCUACCGUUCCAGGGCACCCAGAGUCUGCCGCUGCCUGAUCCCCCGAAGUCCCCGAAGGUACCCAGACCCUUGAACUUGCCUUCACCGGUCAAUGCGGUGGUGGCCGUUUCCGUGGUUUCGCCGGAAAUCAAGCAGGCCAUAGAGAGCGUCAAGUACAUCGCGGAGAACAUGAGAACUCGCAACAAAGCCAAAGAGGUGGAGGAUGACUGGAAGUACGUAGCCAUGGUCAUAGACAGAAUCUUCCUGUGGGUGUUUGUCACGGUGUGUGUGUUGGGGACUCUGGGACUCUUUCUGCAGCCUCUCAUCAGCUUCCUCAAAUAAAACACAGUAUUUGUCAGCUCAUAUAUAUGUCUAUGUGAGCCAGACUGCGACGACUGUGGGAAUCAGCUCUCCAUCUCUCCAUCGUCUGUCUGGUUUUCUCUCAUUGUCAGAAUCUAGCCCUCAGCUGUUCCCUCGUUCCCUUGACUUACCCGCUUUUCCCUCCCCUGCCUUCUACCCUCAAUUAUAGUGCACACAAUGCCGUUUUCCGUCCGCCUGUCCUCUCCACCUUCGCUUUAGAAAUGAUGGUGACAUGUGGCCUCUUUCAUGUACAUUUCUAUGUCUGUUCGUCCUCCAUUUGCCUUGUCAUGACCUGUCACUGACUGUAUUAUGUGAGCCCAUUGUGAAAAGCGUUCACUCAGCUCCAGGCAUUGUGUAGUAUAAUUACAUAUAUGACAAAUACUUGAGCCAUUCUAGAUUUUUAUUUUUCCAAAGAAGUGUGUUGAAAUAUUGACGGGACACACAACAAAAUGUAAAUACAAUCUGAAUGUCAAUCAUAUAGAGUUUACAACCCAUCGAAGGUGCGUUAUGUAGCUUUUCUGGUGAGGGGUUGUGUCCAUACUGAAGUUAUCAUUUUGCAUGUACUCUUCCCCAGUGAUAGAGAAUUUGAGCUGUGGUUCUGUGUGAAGGUCACUGCCAGCUCAGUCCUUUAUCUCGGCCUAUGUCAUCAGAGGUAUAAUACUUCCUACAAUAGAAGCACAUCCUUGAAUGGACAAUACUAUCACGAUGUCUUGAGGGUUCAUGUCCCUAGCUCUUCUUACAACUCUCAACACUUGUCUCUAUGCAUUCUACUGUGAGUGUAGGUCGCCUCUCCACAGAUGUGACCUGUAACAAGUAAGUGGCAGACCCUCCAUCAGCAAAGUUACAUAGUGCACCCUUAAAUAACACCUUAAAUGUAAUUCAGACAGUGCAAAUUGAUAGUUGUGUUGCUAGAAUAUCACUUGUGUCGGCGGCUCAUUUAUCAGAAACACUGCACUGAAAGAGUUUUUCUGAGAAAUCGUGAUUUCCAAUCCGACUGAUCCUUUUUCUACAGCACAAGGAAUCAGUGACUUUUCUUUUCCAGUUUGUGCUCAGGCUGGAUAAAAACAGUGAAUAUGACAUAUCCAGAGGUGGAAGGCAACAAAGUGCAAGUAGCAAAGUACUGUACUUAAGUAGAUUUUUCAUGUAUCGUACUUUACUUAAGUCCAUUUUACAGUGGAUAUUUUUUACUUUUACUUCAGUACAUUUAACAGCAGGUAUCUGUACUUUCUACUUUCCUUUUAACUGGGACUUAAAAGCAAAAAAAAAAGUUAUUUGUGGUAACUAACCUGACUAAAGUUUUUGACUUCAACCUUCGGCUUUGAGCAAACUAAAAUAAAUGCACAAAAUUCAUGAGAAAAAUAAAGAAACUGAUUUGUAUUGUCACUGUUGGCCAAAAUAUGUAUAAUUUUUCUAAUCAAUGUCACUAGAUUUAACACUUUAACAAAUUAAUAACACUUGUGUGACAUAGCUUUACUUUUUACUCUUACAGUCAUUUUUUAAACAGAUUUGUCAUGUGAUACUUUUACUUUUACUUGAGUUACUUUUUACCUGUGUAUCUGUACUUUUCCUUAAGUAACAAAAUUGAGUACUUCAUCCACCCCUGGACACAUCUGAAUAAAAUAAACCCUGUAGUUCUAUUGUAUUGGCAUUUGACAUCAUAACUUUCUUUUCCAAACGGUGUUGUUCAUUUUACGGGGCCAUAAUUACCUAUUUCUCGUGACCAGAUUUAACUCACAAAACUGUUUACUCUCUGCUGUUUCCUCUGCAUUUUUAAAGAAAGUCAGUGUUGCAUGGCUGCUGAAAAAGAUGUCCACUCCUCCUGUACAAUGUUUCACGUGUGUCAUGAUGCAAUAUUUGAACUCUCCCAUUAGACAAAGGCACAACUCAGUCACUGGCAC